AUGGAAACUAACAAUUUCCAAACUAUUAUUAAAUUUUUACUUAAUCAUAUUUAUAUUAGUUCGCCAUACAAACGUUUUUCAUCAAGAGCCAACCACAAUAAUAAUGAGGCAAUUUCUUUAAGUUUGGUUUCAAAAGAAUUCUUUCAAAUAACUUCAAGAGUAUUAACAAAUGAAAUUAUUGGUUUUAAAAAUUACGAUAUUUUAAAAUCUUUAAUUGACCAUAACGGAAAAAAACCUUUCAAGUUAAUACAUAAUACCAUCGAAUAUGAUCCAUUAGGAAAUAAACCAUUCAUUCUAAUCAAAAAGUAUCAUUCAUUCCAACAGUAUCAAAAAGAUAUUUCAGAGGGUGUAACAUUUGAAAGAGCUCUUGUUUGUUCCCUUGGUCAUUCCGAUUCAAUGAAGGUUUUAAAGAAAAUUUCAAUUUUUCCAAAUAACCAUCUAUUUGAUUUGACAAUUACCGAAGAUUCACAUGAUUGUGUUAGAGAAAUUAAAGAAUUUUUACAAAUUGAUAUACCAGAGUCAUUAAAUAGAGUAAAUAAGGUUUUGGUUGAAGGUAAUUUUAAAUCUGACAUCAAAACUAAUAAAAUUCAUCACGAUUUAUUAAAAGCUAUUGUCAAAUUAAAUGCAAAAAGAGUUUGGUAUAAUUCCCGUGAUUCAAAAGGUACCCAUUAUCUUUAUAACUCAUUGUUCUUAGAUAAUACAGCCACCGAGUCAAUUAUUUUUGAAAUAGGCGACCAUCAAGAACCAUUCUCUCUUAAUGCUAUUAGGCAUUUACCAAAUUUAAAGAAACUAUCCACCUAUGUUGCAUUCCAUGAUAUCAUUAGAUUGGCAAAUAAUGUAUAUUCUAAAAAAACAUCAUGCAAAAUUUUUAAUGGGGUUCCCCAUGGUUCGUUCGAUAGUGAAUCAGUUGUAGAUACUUUUAACAAUAAUAUGGUCCUCUUUAACCAACAUCCAAAACUCAAUCAUUUUUCUUUCAAGAGCUUUUGUACCUCGGAUAGUUGUCUUUCUCAAACCGACAAAUCUUUGGAUUUUUCAGUUAUUAGUAAAGCUUUUUCAAUACUUUUAAAUAGUUCAAACUCUAAAGCAAAGUCAUUGGAUUUACAAGGUUUUAAUUUCAUCAAUUCAGAUUUUUUACAAUCUGUAGCAUCAAAUAAAACCAUAAGAGACCUAUCACUAAUUGGCACCAAUCCAGAACCAUUCUUUUUAAAUGUAUUCCCAACCAAUAAAACUAUCAGAAACUUAUACUUGCAAAAUCAUAGCACCGAGUUUUUUAAACUUAUUGGAAAGUAUAGGGAUAACUUCAAUUUAUAUUCGAUCACAGUUUUUACCAUGGACAGUAAAUCAAUUCCAGACUAUAUAAAGUUAUUAAAACUAAAUUCACUACAGUUAAAAGAGUUAAAGGUAAUCAUCUUUAAUGGAAGUAAACGUGACAUGUUCCAAAGAGUAAUAAACAAUGUACUUUUAACAGUUUCAUAACCAAUUGUUGUUAUAAUAAAAAAAAAAAAUAAAAAAAUAGAAUAUAAU